UAUUUCAACGUAUACAGAUUCAAAUAUCUUGACCCUCUGCAGCGUCAUUUGGAUUACCUUGCAGUCGCCUACAUUAUCUUUACAGAAGAACCAGAACCGGAACCAUCAGCCAAGGAUAAUGAGGAUAUUCCACCAAAACAAGAAAUCCCUGCUGAAUGGAGAGAGAUGUGCGAGUUUUUGGAACGAGAAUGGCACGGAGAAGAGGGACAAAUCGAUGAUGAUCGCUUUCGUUUAAGAGGAGUUGCUGUGGUUUUCAGACAUGGUGAAAGAUCGCCGUUGUAUACCGAAGAUGAUGAGGCUGGAUGUGAACCUUUCAGAGAACAGGAUCGAGAAGAUUUUAAAAACUAUAAGAAGUUGAUGGAGAGUGACGAUUUCAACUAUUUUCUGAACACUGACAUCAAAUUCGCCAAUUUUUCUAAGAUCCCAUCUCUAGCGCAUUGUUCUGCUGGUCAGAUGACUGCCGAAGGUGCUCUGCAACAUGUGAAGUUUGGGAAGUAUAUGCGAGAAAAGUAUUUGGAUUCGAACAUCUUUUCCACAGAUUCUCGACUUAAUGUCACCGUAACAUCUUCGCGAUACAACCGCACCUUCCAGUCUGCAAUUGCUUUCACCUCUGCUUUUCUAUUUCCUAGUAAAUCGUCUGCGUCUAAUUUCACCUUUCUAUGUACAAGUCGAAAUUGCGCUUGCAAUACGAGACGAUGGAGAGCCCAGUUCGAGAAAGUAGGAAAGACACACUCUGCUUUUUCACACGCCAUGGAUCCGUUCCAAAUACUCGACGUUCCAGGUGAGUACAGAUGUCUCCUCGGCUGCCUAUCCAAAUUAUUACCAAGACACUUACAGCUUUUAAAUGAAACGACAACCCGUAAAAAGGUUAUGUUCGACGAAGGUUCGCGUUACGUUGUGGAAAAGAUGAACUUAGUAGAAGCUCAUGGAGUUUUAUACCAUAUAGCUGAAACGAUUGCAAAUCUGCGGAGGUUCCCUCAUACCAACACUAUCCAGAUCUUCUCUGGCCAUGACGUGACUCUUGCACCGAUACUGAUAGUGUUAAAAGUACCAUUCAUAGAUCCACCACACUAUGCAUCACGCCUAGUUAUUGAGUUUUAUGAGUUGGUUGAUAGCCCAUCCACGAAAGAUGGAAUAUUCCUCCGAUUCCUUUAUAAUGGCAAAGAUGUCACGAAGGACGUGUUUUUCUGUGAAACCGAGCUAAACAAUGGGCUAUGUCCUGGUCAGAAACUGGAACGUUUUGUCCACAAUGAGAUAUUCUUGCCUUUGAAUGUCAACUCUCUAAUAGAAGUAUGCAGUUAG